CGGAUCCGCCAUGUGGAGAUCUCCGCGUCCAGACUGCGUGCAAGGCGCCCGAUAAACGCUUGGCAUUCGGCUCGAAGUCAUAUCUUGGCUUUCUUAUCUCCAUUCGACUGCCACACUUCUUAUCGAACCGCUUGUCAAAUACUGAAAUCUUAUCGCGCAGUCGCUCUAUAUAGUAUACUAUUUGUACGCCUGAACUUCCUACAGACUGUGAUAAAAGUUUUUCAGCGCUUUUUUCACGCAGUUGACAGUCCGCGGCGUUCGAUGAAUUUGUAUUUAGACUGAUAAGAGAGCGCACACGCCCAUAUGCCUAGCUUGUGAACAGCGCCUCGAACCGACCAAGCAAGUCUAGCCUUCUCAUCCCAGCCAACUGACAACACCUUGCCGCACUCUUCUUGCCAACUUACAAUGCCGCUCUUUGCACGAAAAUCCACCAAGCACCAGAAUGCGGCUGCCGAUGGUGCUGCGGCGAAUCAUCACGACAACAACAACGAUAGCAAGGGCAAGGCCGCGGUGCCACCAUUGAUGCACACCAACAACAACAACAAUAGCAAUAACAGCAGCAACAACAGCGCCAACAAUGACAACAACAAUGAUGCAAACAAGCCACAAUUGAUCUUUCACUGCCAACUAGCCCAUGGCAGCCCCACAGGUCUGAUAACUGGGUUCGCCAGCGUGCGCGAACUGUAUAAGAAAAUUGCGGAAUGCUUUGAUAUGUCGCCAGACGAUAUACUCUUCUGCACACUGAACUCGCACAAGGUGGACAUGACGCGUCUGUUGGGCGGUCAGAUUGGUCUGGACGACUUUAUAUUCGCGCAUCGCAAGGGCCGGCCGAAGGAGAUUGAGAUAAUAAAGGCAGAAGAUGCGUUGGGCCUGACCAUAACCGACAAUGGGGCCGGAUACGCCUUUAUUAAGCGAAUCAAAGAGGGCUCCAUUAUCGAUCGCAUCGAGCAUAUAUGCGUUGGUGAUCACAUUGAGAAGCUCAACGAUCAAAAUAUGGUGGGCAAACGGCAUUACGAGGUGGCUCGCAUGCUCAAGGAGAUACCGACUGGUAAAACGUUCACAUUGCGCUUAAUCGAACCGGUCAGGAGUGGCUUCCAGGGCAUUGGACCUCGCAGUCAAUCGCGCGCCUCCACUGGUGGCGGUCGCAACUAUGGCAGUGGCAAGGAGACGCUGCGCUUUAAGGCUAACGGUAAUGCCCAGAUCGAACCCAAGUUCGAUGAGGCGACCGUAGCCGGUAUUGAUGCCAUUAACAAUCUGCUCGAGUCUUUUAUGGGCAUUAACGAUUCGGAGCUUGCGUCUCAGAUCUGGGACCUGGGCGAGAACAAAUCAAACUCAAUGGACUUUGCUGAAGCUAUAGACAGCUCUGAUCUGGAAUCUUUCGGCUUCACCGACGACUUUAUCAUUGAGCUGUGGGGGGCUAUAACAGAUGCCCGUCGCAAGAAGGUGGCAGACAAAUGAGACAAAUGAUAGAUAAGCUGUUAAUUCUCCCAUUUCUGGGGCAUUGCUGUGUCAUCACGAAUAUAGCGACAGACCUAUUUUCUCCUAGGGAGUUACGUGUAAACCGGGGCAUUUUCUUGUGUGCAUUUUUUGUUAGAGCCUAAAAACUAUGUUACGCGAAAUGCGAAACUGUUGCUGAGAUAUGAAAUAAACGCUGAACUAAAUGAGAAACAAUUCAUUUCAUAA